AUGUCUCUCGUUGUUCCGGAGGCUCACCAGCAGUUCCAACACAUUCUUCGACUUUUGAACACCAACGUCGAUGGAAAGCGCAAAAUCAUGUACGCGCUGACUGAGAUUAAGGGUGUUGGACGACGAUACUCCAACUUGGUGUGUAAAAAGGCUGAUGUUGAUCUCAACAAGCGGGCGGGAGAGCUCAACUCUGAUGAGCUGGAGCGGAUUGUGACGAUCAUUCAAAACCCGACACAGUUCAAGAUUCCGACGUGGUUCUUGAACAGACAAAAAGAUAUUGUGGACGGCAAAAACUCGCAGAUUCUGUCGAACGGAGUUGACUCGAAGCUGCGUGAUGAUCUUGAGCGGUUGAAGAAGAUCAGGGCACACCGUGGAUUGCGACACUACUGGGGCCUGCGUGUGCGUGGACAGCACACGAAGACGACUGGGCGGCGUGGCAAGACUGUUGGUGUGUCCAAAAAGCGUGGCUAG